CACCAGCCCAAGUCACUUAUCAAUUUCCGAGCUAUGGCGACGAGCGCACCUGCCAACGCGAACGAAGAGUGCGUGGGCCCGCAAUCCGAGCAAGCCGGCAAGGCCGACGGCUGCGCUGGCUGUCCCAACCAGAGCCUAUGCGCAUCUGGUGCGGCCCGACAGCCGGAUCCUGCUGUAUCGGACGUGAAGCAGCGCCUGGCGGGCGUCAAGCAUAAGCUACUCGUUCUGUCGGGCAAAGGCGGCGUAGGCAAGAGUACAGUGGCCUGUCAGUUGGCCUUCGCUUUGGCCGGCAAGGGUUUCCAAGUGGGACUUCUAGACGUGGAUAUUACAGGCCCCAGUGUCCCCAGGAUGCUCGGCCUUGUGGGUCAGGAGGUGCAUCAGAGUGCGGCCGGUUGGUCUCCGGUCUACGUGGACGACAACUUGGGCGUCAUGUCCAUUGGCUUCAUGCUGCCCAACGCUGAUGACGCCAUCAUCUGGCGUGGCCCCAAGAAGAGCGGCAUCAUCAAGCAGUUCCUCGUGGACGUGCAGUGGGGAGAACUCGACUACCUCAUCAUUGACACCCCUCCAGGAACGUCGGAUGAGCACAUCAGUAUCGUACAGUACAUGAAAGAGGCUGAUCUGGACGGCGCUGUUGUGGUCACCACACCCCAGGAGGUAGCACUCAGUGACGUGCGUAAAGAGCUCAACUUCUGUCGCAAGACCAACAUCAACGUACUGGGCGUCGUCGAGAACAUGAGUGGCGUACAGCGUCCACUCAGCGACGUCAAAUUUGUGGGAGCCGACGGUAACGACCAGACGGCGGCGUUCAUGAAGCUACUGCAAGAGAAAGCUCCGGAGCUGUUGACGCACUCAGUGCAGAUGGAAGUGUUCCCUGCGUCCACUGGUGGCGGUGAGGCUAUGGCCAAGAAGUUUAACGUGCCGUUCCUUGGUCGCUUGCCACUGGACAACAAGAUGACGGGUGCAUGCGAAGAAGGUGUGUCGUUCCUAGAGGAAUACCCGGACUCUGUCGCGGCCCCAGCUUUCGGCAAAAUUGUGCAAGAUCUUGUUGCAGCCGUCGACAAAUAAGGAAGUUUGCUUAAUACACUGAGCACAGGAUGGAGGGAAACACGAAAACGUAUAUAUGCACACUUAUCAGUUUUAUCUGGUGUAGCUUGUGUGACUUGGUGUGUGGAUCAGGCUCCUUACUGCCUUGAGAACGCAUCUAUUGAGCUGGACAUCUGCUCCGUGUUGAGCAGUACAAUAACGACGGACACAUUAUCGGACGAACCCGACCGAAUGGCCAAGUUUGCCAAAGACUGGCUGGCUUGCUGCAGUCACCAAAGACGACAAACGGCUUAGAGUUGCAUCAAGGUAAGCAUAUCCCAUUGAAAUAACCCUCGUACCUUAGCAGAGUAACCUUCAUUUAGCCUGUCAGCGACGUACUUCACAGCUUCCUUGCUCUUAAUCGUGUCCCACAGUCCGUCACAUGCGAGAAUGAGGAAGUCAAACUCCGGAGUGAUCUCGAUUUCCUGUACAUCAUCAAACCGUUAGUCUUUCGACACUAAUAUGGCUUUUACUGGCUUUCAUACCUGACAUUCCGGUACUGAGAUGACCAAAUCACCAUG